AUGACUGACACACCUCAGACGACUGCGGGCGCCAACCCGCACGAGGCAAAGGUGCUCGAGCAACAUCUGGACCCCAGCUACGACUUUUCCGAAUUCGAUCCCGCAACACCAGCACAGGAUGAGGGCCAGGGAAGCUCUUCCAACUCUACAGACCGUCAGAUGCCAGAAUCCUCGUUGCGCUUGCAAGGUGGUGACAUUCACCGUGAUCUGUACAAGAUUGCGGCGCAGAACAGACGCGAAAAGUUGCAUAAACGAGCCGCAACCUUUUCCGAGCCUAUCUACUUUGGCGAUCAACGCCGCCCCUCCAACUCUACCGUUGAUCAUGAUGAGCUUCCCGUCCGGGACCAGCUCUUGCCAGGCGGACUAAGACGACAGUACCUGCAACGGCAAAGCAAGCGCGUCAGCUACAUUUCCGAACCUGUUACGCGAAACUUCAUUUCCUUCCUCGCUCUCUAUGGCCAAUUCGCUGGUGAAGAUCUUGAAGAGUCAGACGACGAGUCUGCCCUAACGGACGAGGAGGAGGCCCAAGGCGAACGUAGACCGCUGUUGGGACAUCGCCAGAGCUCGAGGAAGCUGAGAGCCCAAGGUGAUGCCAACCAAACAAAGACCUUUUUCACCCUCCUCAAGGCCUUCAUCGGUACCGGAAUCAUGUUUCUGCCCAAGGCUUUCAAGAACGGUGGAAUGCUCUUUUCAAGCAUCACCAUGAUCAUGGUAUCUGCCAUCACAGCUCUAUGUUUUGAACUGCUACUGGCAACGAGGAAGCGUUAUGGGGGUGGCGGUUAUGGUGACCUGGGUAGCAUUGUCGUUGGCCCAAGGUUUCGCGCCCUCAUUCUGGUCUCCAUCACCCUCUCCCAAAUCGGCUUCGUCUGUGCUGGUCUCAUCUUUACGGCAGACAAUCUGGCGUCCUUUCUCGAUGCCGUCACUCGCGACAAAGCACCCUUGUCUACGAACCAACUCAUUCUCAUCCAGGUUGCUGUUUUGAUCCCCAUGUCAUUUAUUCGGAACAUAUCUAAACUAGGUCCUGCGGCGCUGCUUGCCGAUGUUUUCAUUCUUAUCGGCCUGACCUAUAUCUACUGGUAUGACAUCUCAUGGAUCUCCAAGAUGGGCGGCUUCCACCCUUCCAUUGAGCUUUUCAACCCACGCGACUUUACCUUGACCAUUGGUUCGGCAAUCUUCACCUUUGAGGGCAUCGGUCUUAUCCUUCCCAUUCAAUCGAGCAUGAAGGAGCCCGAGCACUUCAGCAAGUUACUGUACAUUGUCAUGGUCAUCAUCACAGUCAUCUUCACCUCGGUAGGCGUGCUUUGCUACGGUACCUUUGGUGAACACGUCUCUGUCGAAGUCAUCACCAACUUUCCGCAGAGCAGCAAACUUGUCAACGCUGUUCAGUUUCUCUACUCCAUGGCCGUUCUCGUUGGCACUCCUGUUCAACUCUUCCCUGCCAUGCGUAACAUUGAGCUCAAGAUUUUCGGUCGCGCAUCCGGCAAGCAAAGCACCAUGACCAAGUGGAAGAAGAACGCUUUCAGAACCGUACUUGUCAUUGUUUGCGGUCUCAUUUCUAUUCUGGGAGCUAGCGAUCUCGACAAGUUUGUUGCCCUCAUUGGAAGCUUCGCCUGCGUGCCAUUGGUGUACAUUUAUCCGGCCUAUCUACACUACAAGGGUGUGGCAAAUCGUCCGUGGGAGAAGUUUGGUGACAUUGCCAUGAUGAUUGUUGGGCUUGUUGCCAUGGUUUACACUACCAGCAUCACGAUUGCAAGGUGGUCUGAGACUUGA